CGGGCGUGUCCAGGUGGUGGUGGGAGUAUUAAUAGAGAAGGGACCCUCAGUUCAGCAUCACACCAGCUGGCUCGUAGAAGCCCCAAUACUGAUCCUCUACACUUCAUCCAUCUCCUACUCGUGCAACUUUGUAGCUGUUCUCCAUUAUGGCAGCGCUGUGGCUACACACUGCCGCCCUGUUGGUCUUACUGGUCACGUCGUGCCCAGGCUCCCGAGCCAUUUCCACACAGCACCUGUGUGGCGCUCACCUGGUCGAUGCCCUUUACUUGGUCUGUUGGGAAAAUGGUUUUACCUACAACCCUGGGAGCAACAACGGCCGAGCGCUGCGAUUCCUUCCACCAAAAACAGGCAGAGCAACAUCAUCGGGGGGUGAGAACGAAGCCCCGGAGUUUGCAUUUAAUGACGCGAUGGAGAUGUUGGUGAAGCCGAACAUUGUGGAGCAGUGCUGUGCCCGGCCCUGCAGCAUCUAUGACCUGUCCGCCUACUGCAACUGAAAAAAAGCCAACUCAGACGCCAGCACUUAGCCCUGCCAUUAUUUACCUAGCCUUGCUUAGCGUAGCUUAGCUUCUCGGCUAACUGAGCGUGCAACCUCUGCCUCGAUUCCCCCAUUAAGCCGGAUACCUGCAGUGUUGUGAUUGCUCUGUAAGCAAGCUGUUUUCAAGUGAUCGGAUGAUAAAUUAUGUUUCCUAGAAAAUAAAGUUCUCUAAGUUGAGAAAGA